GCGUUCCUGAAAGGUACCUAAGGUACCUCCCUUACCUACUGCACUGCGCAGUGCGUACCUCAUGUACUGUACAGCAUCUUGCCCAGGAAGCAUCGUACGUCCCAAGUACUUUGUACCUCUAGUACCUGCAUAGUACAGUUCCAUAGGCAGGUACGAACGGGGCACAGAGCACGCUACUGUUGGCUUCCCAAGAGUCCAUUGCCUACCUAAGGUACCUAGCAUUAUACCUACGGUCCGGGCGCCGCCUGCCUUUCCUUCACCCAUCCCUCUGUCCGCUGUCGGUUGUCUGCUGUCCGCUGUCCGCCGCCCGCCCUUUGGCACGUCGCCCCUCGCUGCACCUCACCUUCCUUAUUACUCGGACCGUUCCAUCGCUGUUCGGCACCGGCUGCGACUGCGUGUGUCCUAGGUUGCUUGCCUUGCAAGGCUCUUCGCCCGCUCUUGCCUUCGUCGCGCCGUCCGAGGACCUUCUUAUUUGCCGCGGGGCUCUCUCGCUCGCGCCUUCUUCCUUGGCCCCUUACUUCCUUUCCUUCUUGCCUUCCUUCUUUUAUCCCCAUUCCGCCUUCUGCUCCCUUUCUCCCGUUGCGCAAGCUACGUACUGCGUCAUUUGCAUCCACCACUCCUCCAUUGCGCCUUCUCUUUGCGCCUGCGACUUCCUGCGUCGCGAUUCGAGCUGUGGAGGAAGGUGCGUUGUGGUGGACCUAGCAGCAUCGGCUCGGCCUUCGCCAACCUUCUUGCCUUCGCGUCCCUCCCGAGCCAACCCCUUCCGCCUCGACACCCGAGCUGUCGUCGAGUCGUUGCGCCCCGACGCCCACCUUCGCCGCCCAACUGGUGCUGCACUGACGGAGCUGCGCAGCAUCGACCGUCUUUUCUCAACCCAGACGCUUGGUCGCACCCGUGAAUGCUCGAUCGGCUGUCGUGAAAUCGCACUUUGCGCACCUGCCGGUACCCCUCGGGGCCGCAACCCGACCAAACGGAGCCUGCCCCUCGCCGGCUGCCUCACCGCGGUCCCGUAAUCAACAACAGCACGGGAACCAUUCGCUAAGCAACCCCGCGCAAGCACACGAGUGUUUCGCAAUGGCCGACGAGAAGCCCUCGGUCCUCAUCAUCGGUGGCCUGGGCUACAUCGGCCGCUUUCUAGCCCUCCACAUCCAUCGGAACCAGCUUGCUUCUGACGUGCGCCUCGUGGACAAGGUGCUUCCCCAGCUUGCGUGGCUCGCCCCGGAAUUCUCCGACGCAUGUUCGCAAGACAAGUUUAUGCAAGCCGACGCUAGCAGAACAGAGGGCUUGGCUAGGAUUUUCGACCGUUCGGACGGAAAGCAAUGGGACUAUGUCUUCAAUUGCGGCGGCGAGACGCGAUACUCUCAAGAAGAUGAGGUGUACAAGUUGAGGUCGUUGAACCUGUCCCUAGCUGUCGGCAAUGAGGCGGCCAAGAGGAAAGUCAAGGUAUUUGUGGAGCUGAGCACCGGCAUGGUAUACAAGUCGGACUCGUCUCCCAGCAAAGAAAAGGACAAGCUCAAGCCUUGGAACAAGAUUGCAGUGUUCAAGCUGCAGGCGGAGGAGGAACUGGCAAAGAUCGCGGGACUUAACCUCGUCAUCGUACGCCUCCCUCAUGUCUACGGCCCAUACGCCUCACAGUGGGUCGCAACGGCACUGUGCAUGGCGCGCGUCUACCAGCACCUCGAAGGCGAGAUGAAGUGGCUGUGGACCAAGGACCUGCGUACCAACACGGUGCACAUCGACGACGCCACCCGUGCCCUCUGGGAGAUCGCCGCGUGGCACGCUGCUGGCCAGGCGAAAUGGGAUGCCGCCGAGAUGGGGCCGGUACCGACCUUCAAUGUCGUGGACAAGAGCGAGGCCAACCAGGGGACCAUGGCAGACAUCAUUGGUGCCAUAUUCCAGAUUGAGACGGGCUUCCAGGGCCAGCUGAUUAGCACGUUUGCGCGCAUGAACCUGGACAGCGUUGUGGACGACGUCAACGACGAAAUCCUAGGCCCAUGGGCCGAGCUACUUCACGACGCGGGCAUCACCAGGCCGGGCCCGCUGACGCCGUUUAUGGAGAAGGAGCUGCUGAAAGAUACCGACCUGAGCAUGGAUGGCAGUAGGCUCGAGACUCUGCUGGGCUUCAAGUACGAGAAGCCGAAAAUCACCAAAGAGCUGGUGGUGGAGGUGAUUGAGAGCUACAAAAGGAUGAAGUGGUGGCCAUGAGGGGACAGAAGGCAAGCGAGGUAAAAGCACUCACUGACUUUGGGGAUAAAACGGACGGUCUGCCGGCCCGACUCUUCGAGGUCGAUGCGCCCCGUGGGAACGAGGCAUGGCCCCUGCCACAUUGACCACGGGAAGGGCAGCCCAAGGCGUAAUUACACGGCGAGACCUGGCUAUGCGAUGCCGAUACUAGUGUUGUCGGCGGGCCAGAUGUCUCUCGUGGUAGAUGACGGCGCUGAACAACGGGUAGAGUCUAGCAGUGUAUGAGUAGAGGAUAUGAUAGCCCGAGGAGUCCGUGUGAACGUGACUGAGGGAGAAGGGCAUUAUGCAACGAAAGAUUGAACGGUCCUUCCCUUGCUGAUGGGCCAGUCGACAGACAUAGUGUGAUGUGACACGAGGACGACGCAGGACGGUGGCGGUGCUGCCGUGGAUGGCAGAUACUAGAAGUAGCUUGGC